GAUCGCCAGGUUCCGUGACCUCCGCGCCUCUCCGUUCGUCCACACCUCCCCGCGCGCGUGAUGCGCAGCAGCCUCCAGUCUGCGUUUCCAUUUGACUUUCCUCCACAGGAUCUUUGCAAGUGGAGUAAUAUGGUGAGACUGGAGCCACUGGAUCCGCGCGAGAAGGCAAAUUUGGGCAGCCAGGUCGCCUGAUGAUCGAAGUAAUGUUUGUGCGUGCCGUAGGAAAAACACCACAAAACACAUGUGGAUUUUGACAUCACCUCGCAUCCAGACACGGAUACAGAGGGACCACACAGUAACAUCACCAAACUGGAUUCACGUGUCAUUGAAUUAAUUCAAUGUCAUAAUGGACAGGUUGCAUUCAUCCAUGCGUAAAAGGCUCUACAGUUUGCCACAGCACGAACAGAAAGCUUCGAUCAUGGGUGAUGCAGAAGACACAGACAAGGACACCCGGAGGAAGAGUAUCCGUAUGAAACCCCUGCCGUCGCCCACCUCGACAGGCAUCGCGGAGACCAAAAGCGUAGAGUCCGUGGAUAUGGAGACGGACAUCGGGAGAGCCGUGAAAACCAGCUCCAACGGGGAUUGCCGGAGGUUCCGAGGCAGCCUUUCAUCGAUCACCAGUCGGCACGUCCAUGACUCGGAUGCAGCGGAGGAGAAACGUCUGAUCACGGAGGGAGAAGUGACUCCGAGCGAGGAGAGCCCAACUGGAGCCGCGGGUGGCGGCGCGGAGCCGGGAGAGAAAGGCAGCGCAGGUGAUGAUGCCCGCAUCCCCCCGAUUCCCGAUCAGCAAGGGGGCUUUAUAAAGGUGGAGGGUAUCGAACAGAUUUUACCGGACGAUGAGAGAUAUUAUCAAGCUGGCUUCAUGCAGAGGCAGUUAAGCGCGAUGCUUCAGCCCGGGGUCAACAAGUUUUCCCUGCGGAUGUUCGGGAGCGAGAAGGCUGUGGAACGGGAACAGGAGCGCGUAAAAUCCGCCGGUUUCUGGAUUAUUCACCCCUACAGUGAUUUCAGGUUUUACUGGGAUCUGACCAUGCUGCUGCUGAUGGUGGGAAAUCUGAUCAUCAUUCCUGUGGGCAUCACCUUCUUCAAAGACGAGCACACGCCUCCUUGGAUCGUGUUUAACGUGGUCUCCGACACCUUCUUCCUACUGGACCUGGUGCUGAACUUCCGUACCGGGAUAGUAAAGGAGGAUAAUGCCGAGAUCAUUUUGGACCCUCAGCAAAUUAAGAUCAAAUAUCUGCGCUCGUGGUUUGUGGUGGACUUUAUCUCCUCCAUCCCCGUGGACUACAUCUUUCUCAUCGUGGAGACAAGGAUCGAUUCGGAUUUCUACAAGACGGCACGGGCCCUGCGGAUCGUGCGCUUCACGAAGAUCCUCAGCUUGCUUAGACUUCUGCGGCUCUCGCGCUUGAUACGCUACAUACAUCAGUGGGAGGAGAUCUUUCACAUGACCUAUGACCUGGCCAGUGCAAUGGUGCGAAUUGUCAACCUGAUAGGAAUGAUGCUGUUGUUGUGUCACUGGGAUGGAUGUCUGCAGUUUCUGGUGCCCAUGUUGCAAGACUUUCCUGCUGACUGCUGGGUUUCCAAGAACAAGAUGGUGAACGACACGUGGGGUCAUCAGUACUCGUAUGCCCUCUUCAAGGCCAUGAGUCACAUGCUGUGUAUCGGUUAUGGCAUGUAUCCUCCCGUCGGCAUGACAGACGUGUGGCUGACCAUCCUCAGUAUGAUAGUGGGUGCGACUUGCUACGCCAUGUUUGUUGGUCACGCCACGGCGCUGAUUCAGUCUCUGGACUCCUCACGCAGACAAUACCAAGAAAAGUAUAAACAGGUGGAGCAGUACAUGUCCUUCCAUAAGCUUCCUGCUGACAUGAGACAGAGGAUUCAUGAUUAUUAUGAGCACAGAUAUCAGGGCAAGAUGUUUGAUGAGGAGAGCAUUCUGGGAGAACUCAAUGAACCCUUGAGACAGGAGAUUGUCAACUUUAACUGCAGGAAGUUGGUGGCGUCCAUGCCGCUGUUCGCCAAUGCGGAUCCUAAUUUUGUGACGUCGAUGCUUACCAAACUUCGCUUCGAGGUCUUCCAGCCUGGAGAUUACAUCAUCCGAGAGGGAACCAUCGGGAAGAAGAUGUACUUCAUUCAGCACGGUGUGGUCAGCGUUCUCACCAAAGGAAACAAUGAGACCAAACUGUCUGAUGGAUCGUACUUUGGAGAGAUCUGUCUGUUAACCCGAGGCAGACGGACAGCUAGUGUUCGGGCAGACACAUACUGUCGUCUCUAUUCUCUAUCUGUGGAUAACUUCAAUGAAGUCCUGGAGGAAUAUCCAAUGAUGAGAAGAGCGUUUGAGACCGUCGCUGUCGAUCGAUUAGAUCGUAUCGGUAAGAAGAACUCUAUACUUCAGCACAAGGUCCAGCACGACUUGAGUUCAGGACUUCUGAAUUAUCAGGAGAGUGAAAUCAUUCAGCAGAUCGUACAGCACGAUCGACACAUGGCACACAGCAGUGAUCUGCUGCAGACCUCCUCUCCACCUGCUCCUCCAUCACCAACCCCGGUCAUCUGGGCUCCUCUGAUCCAAGCACCUUUACAGGCGGCCGCCGCCACCACGUCCGUCGCCCUCGCCCUUACCCAUCACCCUCAUCUGCCUUCGGCACUCUUCCGGCCACCCAUUUCUGUCCUAGGGUCAAGGGAAGAGCCAACCAGACGGUCAAAUAGGUUUCGGUCGUCCGUACCGAGGCCGGAAGACCCUGGAGACUCUCCGUUUGGCUCUCCUUCCAAGCCCCGGACCGAGGCCGAAAGCCCUCUUCUGCCCACCCUCCGGACGCGUCAUCUAUCAGGUGCCACUUCAUUGAACAAUAACAGCCAGCAGGUUUGCGGUAGCAGCACUCAGUCUGGGCACAAUGGGGCGUCUUUAUUUCCUUUUGGGAGUUUCUCAUCGUCCACCACAUCCAGCACAGCACAGCUUCAUUCGCAGCCCAGACCGAAGCAGUCCGUUCUUCCCAGCACCCCUCCGCCGUCAGGACACCUCCAGAAAGAGUCGACUCCAGGGGGAAACACUGGGACAGGGUCGAGUGGAGCACUUGGGGACUCUUCCGGCGAGCUCGCUCUCACAACCACAACAUCACCAAAUAACAGCCUUCUUUCCACAGACUUAUUCAAUCACGGACUAUUACACGGACAAUCGCCGUCAAAAUCCAUUCACAUGCAGCAUUUCACUGGCGGAGGGGUAAAGACUAAAACAACUGGAUCCCCUUCUUCUAGUCGAGCCCAGGUUUAUGAUAGUUCUCAGACUUUGCAAUCCAGAAAUGUAGAAAAGUCAGCAUUAGCCUCGCUGGCUCAAUAUGGCUCAGCUAACGUCUCACCUUGUUAUACCCCGGUAGUCCCCAGUCCAACCAUACAGAGUCCUGUAAUGGGGAGGACUUUCCUCUACAGUGACCCGUCCAGUACUGACGGAUCUCACACUUCUCUUCUGUUACCUCAGUCCUCGUGUCCCGGUCAGCUCCCGGGACAUCACGCCACAGGGACGGACUCUCCAUUGAGACGCUUUUAUGAAGAUUUAAAUAUACUGUCCAGUUCUCAUCCGUCCAUAGCUUUAGCGACGGGUCCGUCUUCUCCCCGCUCCAUUGUGGAGUCCGGUCACUGCCUUUCCCCGUAUUCAUCGCCAACGCUAACGGCCAAGCCCUGUAGCUCGGUGUCAGGUCACAUGACUCCACCCGGUUCACGAGCUCAGGUUCCUUCUGUAGGGACUUCACCGGCACUUUCUCUCCCGUCUGAACUCGAACCGUCUCGCUCGAAACUUCCAUCUAAUUUGUGAGGUUGAAUCGCACCCUCCUGUGCCUCUUUACGUCCUGAUUCGCUAAUGGCAAUCUGAUCCUGUGUGACGUUUUAACUUCGGUUUCUUUAUCUCUGUACACUGUGUUUAAAUCAUUUUACAUCUCUAAAUAUUACUGUGAUUCUAAAAAGAUUUGUAAGGUGACUUAGCUUUAGGUUUUUCCUUGGUUUGUUUUUCUCCUUUAUCGUUCAUGGUUAUAUUAUAUACUGUAUAUGGUAUUAUAUAUUUAAAGAUAUGUUAAUCAACCUACAGGAGGGUGUGAAAGUCUACAUAUAUUUAAAACAUACGUUUGUUUAUUUUAUAGAAAUGCCAAAUUCAUCUCCAGUGGAUUUGGUUAUGAUAAUUGUAAUGAAUACAAAGACUGCUUUGCAGGAACCUAUGCACAUUGACACCUGCAUGUACAAACCGCUACACUUUUUAGCCACGAAGACUCUGUGGUGAGGAUCACAUAUUGAUGAUCUGUACUAUGAGGGUUUGUAUGUAAAGGAUUUUAAUCAUUGUCCAAACCUUUCAAGGUGGAGAAGAGAAGAUAGGAAAACCAAAAAGAUUCCAGUCAGUGUUUAGUUUUUUUUUGUUUAUUGUUCUGUGGGCAUUGAGUGACAUCAGGUUAAGAGAUUUGAGUGACAACAGAAACCAAACUCAAUCACAAUCUUGUCUGUGUUAAAAUUACACAACUUUGAAUGUGUGUACGGUGUGUGUGUGUGUGUGUGUGUGUGUGUGUGUGUGUG